GCUAUCCAGUCAGUUCGCUGCUACUCCCAUGGUUCUCAUGAGACAGAUGAGGAGUUUGAUGCUCGCUGGGUGACAUACUUCAACAAGCCAAAUAUCGAUGCCUGGGAAUUGCAUAAAGGGAUGAACACGCUUGUUGGCUAUGAUCUGGUUCCAGAACCCAAAGUCAUCGAUGCUGCUCUGCCGGCAUGCAGUCGGUUAAAUGAUUUUGCUAGCGCUGUUCGCAUCCUAGAGGUUGUUAAGGACAAAGCAGGACCUCAUAAGGAAAUCUACCCCUAUGUCAUCCAGGAACUUAAACCAACUUUAAAUGAAUUGGGGAUCUCCACUCCAGAGGAACUGGGCCUUGACAAAGUGUAA